AUGGAUCGUACAGACCACCCUCACUCGAAUUCCCGGUUGAGAGUUGACUAUGGGUCCAAGGCUGGCCUGGCGGCUUUUUACACGAGCAGAAACGACCUCAUUUUCGCAGAUAUAUGCAGCGUGAAUUCUGCAAUGGGGAAGAGAGUUUGGGAUACGAAUACUGCAAUUUCUCUGCUUGAUGCCUGGAUGCUGCAUCCCAACACAAGAGGAACAAAAUUUGGUCUUUGGAAUGCAGUGGCAGCUCAGCGCCGGCUGAAGAAGAAACCCCAGGACUUUGGACCUUUAAAGAUCCCGAAAUAUCGCACCUCAUCCAACACCACAGCCCUCGAGGGAUCUACCGUAAGCAAUUCGUCCACCGUCUUUUGCGCAGUCAUCCUCGACGGCGUAGAUACCACGAACAUCUGCUCAGACAGUGCUGUUUUCCAAAUAUUUCUUUCCCUUGGGCCACCUGGUGCUCUGCCAUCUUCGUAUGCGAUGCCAAGGCUCAAGUGCCUAGCUGCUGCCGCCGCCAAUAACGCUAGCUUGCGCGUAGCCGACAUCUCGAAUCCCAUUUCGCUUAGGCACCUCGACCCCUCGAGCUCUCUUCAACGGCGUCUACGGCUCCAUCCUCAUCUGGCCGUCUUGCCGUUGUCCUGCACUUGGGACCUACAUUGGCUGGCAGCUGCAUGGAAUCUAAUCUUCUAUAUGCAUCUUGUAGCUGUGGAAUCAAUCAAACCAAAGACACGCUUAAAUGCUCCUCUUUUCUCUGCCUUUCCUUCUCUAAUAAUGCAGCAUGAUCAAUCGGGCAGCGCGGCAAGCUGUUCCCAAUGGCCUACCCAUCCCUCUUGCCCCUGUCCUGGCGCCUUGUCGUGGACAAGAUGA